AGCGCGCUUCGCCCCGCUGCGGGUGCUGGGUGUCGCGCCCCGCGAAUCCCCAACCAACACUCGGAUCCCUAUCUUUGAGGCUCGGCAUGCGUUCCUCGCAAAAAAAGACAAAAUGAUUUGGUUGUCCGACCCGCAAACACAGUACACUCUCAUCUCAUGGUUUAGUUCAUGAUACCCCAGCACAAGCUCACUCAUCACUUCCUGUACGCCCAUGCACAUGCAACCGUCGCCUGUAGCCAGAUCCGACUUCCCCCCAUAAGUUCCGAACGAUCUUGGAACUGGCAGGAUCUGCGCCGAUUCCGAGACACUUAUUCUUGCUACAGAGACCGGUGAUAUUCUAGCGACAGCCGCGAUCAACAUCAUGGCGACUAGUAGAGAACUCCCGAGCCACGCUGAUCUUCAGCCUUUCAACCAUGCGGUUGCAGGGCAUGACGGAACACUUUCCGACAUUGACGGCGAGCUUUUUAUCAAGCCCUGCGUUCAGCAGGAGAUAGAUUUCUACGAAAAGACCUUCCGGGACCACCUCGACUUUGCCUCGCUGAUGCCCCACUACAUCGGGACUCUCGCGCUUAACGACGCGACCAAUAUCGAAUCCCUGAACGAGCAACUCCCUGUGGUGGCCGACCAUAUAAGCCAGGAGCUAAAGGAAGAGGCGGUUUCGUUAGCCAAGGCGACUGCGGCUGAAGCAGCAGCUCAACCAGCGGCUCAACCAGCGGCUGAACAAGCCGAACCACCAGUCGACAUUGCGUGGAAGCCGAACAAAGGCCGCAGGAUCUUGACCGACAAGUCUGUCGUUCUUCAAAAUAGCACGCACGGCUUCAAGAAGCCCAACAUUCUCGACGUCAAGCUUGGCCAGCGCCUCUGGGCUGACGAUGCGCCGAUGGAGAAGCGGAAGCGGUUCGACGAGAUCAGCAAGCUGACGACGCACGCUUCACACGGGUUCCGCAUUUCAGGCAUGCGCGUGUACAAAGGGUCCGACAAUCCGGAGGAGUGGAACGCGGACGACUUUCAUGUCUACAACAAGGACUACGGCAGGUUUGAAGUCAACAAGGACAACGUUGUACAGGUGUUUGCCAAGUUCAUCUUCAACGAACGGGCGGGGAUCGACCAAGAUCUGGGGAGGGCGGUUGUCCAGGCCUUCCUGGAGGACCUAAGGCAGGUGGAGGAGGUCCUGGCCAGAUCAGAGACCCGCAUGUACUCCGCAAGCUUGCUGUUCACCUUCGAAGGAGAUGGCGAGGCGCUCCAAGCGGCGAUCGAGGAGAACAACGCGCUGGUCGAGAAGGUCAACGCCGCUCAGGAAGCGAAACUUCUCGUCAAGGAGAACGGAAGUCUCCCCGAGAGAGCAGUGAACGGGGUGGCCAUCGCGGGGGAGCACGAUUCCUUCUUGGAAGAUCUCAAACGAGGCGAGGAACGGCAUUGCAACGGGAUAAGCCUCGCCCAGGAGACCAUCGCGGGCAUCGAUGUACAGGCGAUUUCCGGUGCUAUUGAAGGAGACCUCAAGGUGGUCGAGUUGAUGGGAGAUGUCUUGACCGACGACGAGGAGGAUGACGAUGACGACGAUGAGUUGUCUAGCCAGCCACGGAUCUUCUCCCUGAAGCUUAUCGACUUUGCCCAUGCCAAGUGGGUUCCCGGACAGGGCCCCGAUGAGAACAGUCUACUCGGGGUGAGGAGUCUCAUCAAAAUUUUCGAAGAGCUGGCUCAGUAAACAAGAGACGAACCGGAUUGGUUUUGCAGUAGCAUUCGGCAUGGCGACGGCGAGAAGGGGGACACAUGGAUUAUGAGUUUUAUGCCCGUUAUGACGAAAGGGACAGGACUUUAGAGGUGGCAUUGCUUUUCCGGAAUACCCUACUUUUUGCAUUGAGUUGUUGCUUUCAAUUAUUAUCGCUAGCAUUGCUACCGGUGGAUUGUGUUUUAAAACAUGCAUUUUAGCGUUUUGGGGGUUUAACGAUGUUUUAACUCGAG